GGGAAACCCUUUUAUCUGUGUUCCGCGCCACUUCUUCUUCUUCUUCACGACGUCUCCUACUCUGUUUCGCCGCCGCCUCUCUCCCGUUCACUGCUGGCGCUGCCGCUGCCGUCGUCGUCUUUCUUGCAUUCGUGACCUGUAGUCUCCUGCCUCUUAGCGGUUUUGCUCUGAUUUUCUACUUCCUUGUUGUUGCCGAAUAUGCCUCGCACGACAAAGGUUGAUUGCCCUGGCUGUCCUCCGCUUCGUGCCCUAACGUUCGAUGUGCUUGGUCUCGUCAAAGUCAUCCAAGCUCAGGGGAAGGAAGGUGAGAUUCCAAAGGUGGUUGAGAGGUGGGGCGAACCUGAUUACUCCAAAUCAGUGCUUGCAGCUUCUCUUGUUGAUCGUAAAUUUGACCCUUUACUAGCUGUUGCUCGAAAAAAUGGACUGAUUGAAGUUCUUAAUCCAUUGAAUGGCAAUCUUCAUGUUGCAAUUUCGGACAAUACUGAUACUUCUCCACCAAAAGAUGAUGCUAUUAUUGGAAUGCAUUUAUUUUCAAAAGAUGAAUCGGCGUUGGCGUCUAGUUUGAUCAUUCAUUUUUAGGCGUUGCACCUUGCUUUCGUGUACAAAAAAAGGAAAUGCGAGCAUGAGGGCAAUUGAUUUUUCUAGCUCAUC